AUGUCUCUGGCCGAUAUUUCCAGUAAACGGGACAAGUUGAUCUCCGUCCUGGAAGCAGCGCGAGAGGAAGUAAAGAAACACAAAAAGUCUAUCGCUAGUUGCAACCACGAAAGCUUCGACUGUAAUGCAACCAUGAAGGGUCUUUACGAUACCAAGACAGUGAUCGUUAUGGCUCUAGGCGAAAACGACAGUCUCAUAGAAGAUAUAAACACGGCUAUAUCACAGGAGGAUAACAUUCUUAGCGAACCUUCUACGAAAGGACGACUCUUGUUUGCGGAUUUGCUAGCUUUGAAAGAGAGUUUUUUAGCGACUAACGAUCUCACAGAUACAUCCAUUAUAGAGCUCAAGUCAUUGCUGGCACGGAUAAAACCUGACUUGCUCAACACCGCACUGGAGAUGGACAAGCAAGUUCCACAUUACUUGCCCACCCGGUCCACCCCAGAUAUUAGCGCGUCUAACGAUCGCCGGUCGUUCUUGAGUAAUCUGGAUUCGUCCCGUGAUGAAGGGCCUCAACCAGCUUCGGCAAAGGACGAAUCAAUGACUCACAAAGCUGACACUCUUCCAUCUUCUGAUUUGUCCGCUAAAGAUGCUUAUAACAAAUUGGUAUAUUCGCACAUCCCUGUUAUCGAUCACUAUAUGACUGCGCCAAGAAGCACGGAGUGUGUUGAAACAAAAGAUCAAGCGUCUGCACAGAGAAGCGACUCCAUAGCAAUGCAGCAGGAAUCGCAAGCUGAUGCAGCAGCAACAGCCAAAGAUAUGGCCACAAAGCUGGAACGUCGCAAGAAUCGAGUGACCGCUGCACUGUCUGCUGCAGAUUCGAUUCGCAAAAACAGGUCCAAGCCUGCCUCCGCAUUGUGCACUGAUUCGGAGAAGGCUGCUCCUAAAGUGAGAAUUAAUCUAUCCUCUUCUUAUAACCGAAGACCUAACGCAUCAGUAACCACUGACGAUGAUGCCCGUGUAGACAUUGCAGCACGACGUGUUAUGUAUAGACAACUUAUGUUUCCAAGGUCUCAAUCUGAACGGCGCCCUAGACGACAACAGCACACGAGUUCGAGCCUGCCGCCGCGCUCUCUGGAAUCAAGUCUCUCUCUUAGACAAAUGUGUACCCCGAAGCUUGCUGUCUCAAAGCGCCCUCUGUCUUCCAUCUGUUCCACUGCACCGCAUCCGUCUCAUAGAGAUUACACUACAGAGCGAGAAGCCAAGGGCUGGCCAAAAGCGUCAGACAAAUAUGAUAUAGCACAGAUUAUGCAUCCACCAAGAAACAUAUAUGGGUGCAAGAAGCAAAUGAAGACAAGCACAUGGAAGCGCUAUAAGUAUCAGGAGGAAGCAUGUGCUCCAUUCCGCAAGCUCAAUCCUACGUAUGACAAUUCUCUCCACGGUGGGUUACGCUAUGAUAAGGACCCCACACUUACCUACUCCGUAAAAAACAGGCCUCAUUACCACCCAUCAUGGAGAGGCCCAGAAGAUGUGCAGCAGGAAGUAGCGUCCAAAAUACAUUACGAAGGAUUGCACAGUAAAGAAGAUUAUGUCCACUCAAGCAUAGAGCAUAACCCAUUCCAUAAUAAUGCGACCACGUCAGCGACGCGCGCUGGGCGCAAAGAACUUACGGAGGAUCACUAUAGCAACGGUGCUAAUCGACGUAAGCUCGCUUGGGACCACUCUGCAAAGAAAUAUGAGAGCAGGAUGGAGGUAGCAGAAAGAAAACACACAACAAGGCGGCACCACACCUACGUUACUCACACCCCUCAGCCGACCAUCGAAGAGCCAGGCCUAUAUAGCAUAAAAAAGACAGUGUACUCUCUCAAAAACCAACUCAACGACGCGAAGGCAGAAAUCAGAUGGCUUAAGAACCAGAUGGCGUCUCAGAACAACACUGUAGCCUCCUUUGGAAACUCUAUUACCGAUGUUGCCAAGGGCAUCAUGAGGGAUAAUGUUCGUGUUGCAUCGUUAGUCCGCGCCAACAAUGACUUGGUGAAAAGGGAAUCAAACCUGCUAAACGCCAAAAUUACUGCAGUUAAGCUCAAAGCGGAAAGGCAGCACAACGCUACAAGAGCAGAAUCCAGAAGCUAUCGUGAGCAAGAUACUGCACACUAUAGUAACACUGACAGCGAAGUAGAAUCUGACGAUCACCACUUUGUUGAUCUACUUGCGCCAUACAAGACGGGCGACGGGAUUAUGAGUGCCCAGAAGCCAGUCGUUGUUCUCGGCCACAUUUUAGACAGUCAAGAAAAUGUCAUGCUGCGUCGUAGUGCAGAUGCAAUUGACACGUUGUCAACCAUGUCGACAGCCCUCGACAGUCUGCACUUGUCUAACUCACGUUCACAACCAACAUCUGCUCUUCAGGACUCUAACAAAUCGUUGCAGCGACCUAAGAUCAACCCUACUCACGACAUACUAUCCAUACCAAGCACUCAGGAUGCAUGCAAAAAGGGCUUGAGAAGAACAUGUGAUUGCUCGCGGUGCUCACGUAACAUGAAUAGAGGAUUCCUGCAAACAAUGGGGGACUUCGCAGAUCCACCACUGACGGGAUCAGCGCCCAAAGCCAACGCAGACUCCAUAGCAUUUGCACAGAAAAUGAUGUCAGCAGAUAUGGCCGAUGGAUACUAUCAGCGUAGAUUUGUUGCUGCUGCUGUUAAGAAUAUAUCAAAUAGACCCAGGUAUGAUUGA